UCUAGGGCUCAGUGGGAGAUGCCAGCCCUCCCUGAGACACUCAGAGUUAGUAAGGAAGAGAAACAGGGAACAUGGUUGCCUUAGAGCUCUAGUGGUACAAGAGCUCUGAAGGUUCCAACCUCCUGUUUUGUUCUGGUAUCCUUCCAGGAGGCCAAGAUGAAUUGCCUGCCUGCCCUGGGCUCUUUGCUUUAAUCUCAAUAGCGUUCUGGGAGCAUCCCCCCACCGCCCUCCCCACCACCACCACCUCCACAAAGCUCCUGGGCCCCUCCUCCCUUCAAGGAUUGGGAAGAACUGGUCUCAAAUCCUCCUAAGCCACCAGCAUCUCCGUCUUCAGCUCACAGCAGCCCUGAGCCCCAGCCUGCAGCCAGGGCACCACACACGUCCCACCCACCCAGCGACUCCCCAGCUGCUGCCCACUCUUCCUUACCCAUGGGGAACAGCAAAAGUGGGGCCCUGUCCAAGGAGAUCCUGGAGGAGCUGCAGCUGAACACCAAGUUCUCAGAGGAGGAGCUGUCCACCUGGUACCAGUCCUUCCUGAGAGACUGCCCCAGCGGCCGCAUCACCCAGCAGCAGUUCCAGAACAUCUACUCCAAGUUCUUCCCCGAUGCUGACCCCAAGGCCUACGCCCAGCAUGUGUUCCGCAGCUUCGAUUCCAACCUCGACGGCACCCUGGACUUCAAGGAGUACAUCAUCGCCCUGCAUAUGACCACCGCGGGCAAGACCAACCAGAAGCUGGAGUGGGCCUUCUCCCUCUAUGACGUGGAUGGCAAUGGGACCAUCAGCAAGAAUGAAGUGCUGGAGAUCGUCCUAGCUAUUUUCAAAAUGAUCUCUCCUGAGGAUGUGAAGCUCCUUCCAGAUGAUGAAAACACACCAGAAAAACGAGCUGAGAAGAUCUGGAAGUACUUCGGAAAGAAUGAUGAUGAUAAACUUACAGAGAAAGAAUUCAUUGACGGAACCCUGGCCAAUAAUGAAAUUCUGCGACUGAUCCAGUUUGAGCCUCAAAAAGUGAAGGAAAAGAAAAAGAACCCCUGAUGCCAACUGUUCAGCUAUCCUCCCUCCACUCACCACUCACAUGACACCCAUAAGCACGUGCAUGCACACAUGCACACACGCACACACGCAAGCACACACACGCAAGGACACACAUGCACACACGCACAUGCACGCAAGGACACACACAUGCACACACGCACGUGCACGCAUGCACACAUACAUGCACACACGCACACACACAUGCACAUGCAUGCGCACAUACCCACACAUGCACACAUCCACCCCAGGGCCAAGAGGGAGGCCUGCACACAAGCCCACAGCACAGCUCCCUGCCAAAAUGAAGCAUCUGUAGUGGCCCACUGGUUCCUUCUUCCUGGGUCUUCAGCAUCCCUCCUAUCAUCCCCCACCCCACCCCUCCCUCUGCCCACCAGGCCAUGGCCCUGUGCUAAUCCCAGGAUUAGGCCAUAGGAGUCCUAAGUGUCACCCUGCUCUAAGCUCCUUUGUGGAGUGCUGGGUAAGCAGUUUCCAAUAAACACAAGUGGAGCUGGGCACGCA